AUGGCGGACAAAGAAGCGACAGUUUACAUCGUCGACCUGGGCGAGUCGAUGGCCGAUUGCCACAAUGGUCGUAAGGAGUCUGACCUUGAUUUUGGUAUGCGAUAUGUCUGGGACAAGAUUACAACUACUGUCGCUGCCAGCCGCAAGACGUGGACGGUCGGCGUUGUGGGCCUCAACACCGAGGAGACCAACAACGCCCAGGACCGCGAAGGGCUAGAGGGCUACGAGCAUAUAUCCGUGCUCCAGGACAUUGGUCCCAUGACUAUGAGCUCGCUUCGGGAGUUGCGGUCGAGUAUCCAGCCAUCCUACAGCUCCGGAGGAGACGCAAUCUCGGCAAUUGUGGUUGCCGUUUCCAUGAUCGAAGAGUUUACCAAAAAGCUCAAAUACCACCGGAAGAUUAUCCUCGUGACGAACGGCGAGUCACCAAUCGAUGAUGACUCUUCCGAAGAGGUUGCAGAGCGGCUCAACGACGUCAACAUCGAGUUGGUGGUUAUUGGAGUUGACUUCGACGAUCCCGAUUACGGCUUUAAGGAGGAGGAUAAAUCGUCGCUGAAGGCGAAAAACGAGAACAUCCUGCGGAAGCUAGUUGAUCAGUGCAAGAAUGGCGUGUUCGGAACAAUGGCGCAGGCUGUCGAGGAGUUGGCAGUUCCGCGCAUCAAGCCCGUGAGACCCUUCAAGGCUUAUGAUGGCCCUCUCACACUUGGAGACCCUAGCAAAUACGAGAGCGCUAUAAGCAUCCAUGUCGAGCGGUACUUCAAGACGAAGCGUGCCGUCCCACCUCCAGCAAGCACCGUGGUCAUCGGCCCCGACUAUGGCGUACCAUCACAGUCCCAAACAAUUGAUGGCGACGUCGAAAUGGGGGGCACCGAGUUCUCCGGCGUGAAGUAUAUGCGCAGCUACAAGGUCAAUGAUCCCGAUGCCCCCGGCGGCAAACGGGACGUUGACUUCGAUGACCUCGCAAAAGGCUACCAGUAUGGCCGGACCGUUGUACCCUUCAGUGAGUCGGAUAUGUCAAUCACGAAGUUGGAGACUAAAAAAUCGUUUACGAUCCUCGGUUUUGUACCAUUCAGCAGCUACGAUCCCUUUAUUAAUAUGGGUGAGACUGGUAUCAUCGUAGCCCAAAAACACAACGAGCAGGCGGAGCUGGCACUCUCAGCAUUCAUUCACGCCCUCCAUGAGCUUGAGUCCUAUGCCGUAGCGAGAUACGUGCAGAAGGACUUGGCUCAGCCGCAAAUUCUCCUGCUUAAGCCGAACCCCGGAAUUGAGGACGAGUUUGAAUGUCUCUACGACGUUCCCCUGCCGUUCGCUGAAGACGUCCGCAGCUACCAGUUUCCUCCGCUAGACAAGGUGCUCACCGUCACCGGCAGUAUCCUCAAGGAACACCGGCUACUCCCUUCGGACGACUUGAAGCAGGCGAUGAGCGACUUUGUCGAUUCCAUGGAUCUCUCUAAUUUUGGCGAAGACGAGGAGGGGAAACCGGCAGAGUAUGCGCCAAUUGACGACUCGUACAAUCCAGUUAUUCACCGCAUAAACCAAGCAAUCCGUGCGCGUGCUGUGGAUCCAGAAGCACCUCUUGAGCCGCCGGCCGAAAUUCUGCUCCGCUACUCCAAGCCUCCUGAGAAGCUGAUAGACAAGGCAAAACCGGAUAUAGAAGCACUGAUUGACGCCGCUGAGGUCAAGAAGGUACCUGCCAAGGCCCAAGGUAGGCGCGGCAGAAAGGAGGCUGUCAAGCCGCUAUCCGGGCUUGACGUGGACUCCCUCCUGGGCGAGAGAAAACGCACCAAUAUUUCCAUGGAGAACUCGAUACCCGAGUUCAAGCAGACCCUAGCAACUGCGACGGACGAUGCCACAGUCGAAAAGGCUGUCAAGCAGAUGGGUGAAAUCAUCUGCAAGCUCAUCCAGGACAGUUUUGCAGACCUCCUCUACGCCCGGGCGGCGGAGAAUCUGCUUGUUAUGCGGGAAGAGCUCAUCAGCCUCGAGUUCCCAGCGCUGUACAACAAGUUCCUGACGGCGCUGAAGAAGAGUCUCUUGAGCGGGGAACUGAACGGGGACCGCAGAGAGAUGUGGUUCAAGUAUAUUGUAGGGGGCCAUCUGGGCCUGAUUACGCAAAGUGAGUCCGGGGCAUCCGAAGUGACAGAAGAGGAGGCGAAGGCGUUUGCGAGAUGA